GACGGUUUAAAAUGAAAAUCUCAGCACACUAGAGUCUUAACCAAAUGGAAAUUGAAAUCGAAUUCGAAAUCCAUAGACCACAACAUGUAGUUACAAGAAUUUUUAUAGACGUCUUUAUUAUCCACCGCCACCCACCUAAUUUUUCCUUUGAGCAGGUCGCUGCGGGAUUAACGUGAAAAAAUAGCUAAAGGAGGCGGAAUGGGUAAGUAUGGAUUUGUUCCAUGAGUAGUACCCUGUGUUUAAUAUAGUCGUAUGAAAUUGAAAAUCUAUGAUUCUUGGUUUCCCUGCUUUGCCUUUCCUUCUUUUUCUUUCCAGCAUCAAUAGAAAAAGAUGACGGACAACAAGGUUUUCGUUGGGAACGUACCCCAUUACGUUCCCGAGGAGUAUUUGAAGAACAAAUUUGGCGAACAUGGUAACGUGCGAGACAUGUACUAUUGUCCUGACUUGCUUGGAGCAGACAGAGGAUGGGCUACUAUUACCUACAUGUCGCCGGAAGAAGCCGCAACAGCAGUGGGCAUAGAACAUGGCAUGCCAGACCCCUUUCCGGGAUGCGAGAGGCCACUCCAUGUCAAAUUCUUUAACACGCCAUUGACAGAAAGAGCAGGGAGUGUGUUCGACUUGAGGCCGAAGACACAGAAGGUACUUAUAUAUAAGUACAACCACUAGUUUUCGAUGUGUUAUACUUAAUUCCUAGAGACGAAAGAUGACGAUCGAUGGCUUGUCAAUAUAUUAAAUUGACCAGGAAGAUUUUACCAGUACAACUACCACAACAGGUGCUCACACCCUGGGUCGGCAUGAAAGACGAAGGGACAGGAAAUAUGUACUACGUGAAUGAGCUCACAGAGGAAACUACGUGGGAAAGGCCAGCGGAGAUGGACCAGGUCGUGGUGAAUCCUAGUGGAGCAAACGUCUUAGUCGGAGAUGUUGGCUUGAUGGAUAAUGAUGGAGGUACAACUGAAACUUUCUUUAGUAAGCUCUGUAUAGAACAAAUGUACUUCUUAGUUCACAGUAGUUGUAAGCCAUGUAUUAUACAUAGAAAUGUUGUACUUCUUAGUAUUAGUUCACCGUGUUGAAGAUACAUCAUCUAGAUCUGGUGCAGGGAGGAGAACUAAUAUUUAUCUACUCUCUUGUUUACAACAAUCAAGAACACGACAACUGUUCUUAGCAAACAAUCAAAACUAGUAGCCCCGACCCAACCAACCACCCACCCACAGAUGACGACGGCGCCGCUCCUUUGGUCGUUGGUUGCACUGACACUGGGCCAAUGGGCGCCAACCUCUUCAUUCACGGCAAUCUUGGUGGGGUCUCAGACAAAAUGCUCUACGAGGUUUUCGUUGGCUAUGGCGAAUUAGUAGGCUGCAAGAUUCAUGUCGCCAACGAAUUCGGUGGCUUCGGCUACGUCUCCUACCGAACCUGCGAGGAAUGCACGAACGCCUUGAGGGAAUUGAACCUCACCGAUGCAUUUGGAACGGGGACGACGAUUAAGAUCAUGUUAAAGAAGGGAGAAGAGAUGGCGAACCCAGAAGCAGCGGCAUUGGUUGAGAAGGCGAUGGUCAGUGGUAUGCGAGAAAGCCACGGGAAAGCGGCUUUGGGGUUGUAGUAACUCUAUUUUAUCAUCACAGAGACAGAGGUGGCUGCAGAACAAUAACAUUCCACUACACUCCUGCUCGCACCUGCAAGGCCAAAGAACAUUCUUCGUCACAUCCUCCCCCUUCUGCCCUUAAAAACCUCCUCCUGCUCCUUCCGCGAACAUUUCUUGGCCCCGAAACUUGACGAAGGAUGUUGAAACAAAAAUAACGAUCUUCAUCAUCAAGUUCAAGAGCGACCUUCACCCAGCUCUCACCACUUGACUGGUGUCAAGGAUUA